UAAAAGCGAACAUGAACUCUCAGGUAUUAUCCAGCAUUCUGUACUUAUUUCUCCGGCAAGAUUUAAAUUCGCUAAUUCGUUUUUAGGUGCUGAACGUAGUGCUCAUCCUAUUUGUCGUCCAAGAGUCCAAACUUUAAUUCUUUCGAUAUUCUAUUAUCUUGCAACAAAAAUAAAGCAAAAAAAUGAUACUACUCCUCUUGAAUACGUCGAGCCAGCGAAACGUCUAACAGAUGAACCUCCAAAACAUGUGGAAACGAAUAAUCGUGAUUAUGAUCUUGGGAAACUUCAAGAACUUCUUAAGCAAACCAUUAUUGGAAUUAUUUUUAUGAUGAUUUUACACCUUUGGUUUGAAUUUACACAACCUUUAUUCAUUCAGUCCAUUUUACCACUCAAGACUACGUAUGAGAAUCCGAUCGUCCAGAUUCAUUUACUUGGUAAACCAGCAGAAGGUGAUUUGAAAAGACCAUUCAAGACUACUGGUCUUUUUGGUAAUCUUGCUGAAUCACAACAACCUCAAACAGAUAAAGCAGCAAUUAAAAAAGCGAAAAAGCAAUAA